GCGGUUUCUUCUACCGUCAGUGCCUGCGGGUUGCUGCAGGGUAAUUCAUCGCAACGGGUAGUAGGGUUUACUUGAAACGUUCCCGGUUGUGGUUUCUGUUCUCCAUUUUCCGAGUGGUUUGUGAUAUAUGAAGUGGAUGGAUUGCAUCUGUAAUCAACGAAAGCGUGGUUAGGAAGGAUUUGGUCUGUAAAAUGGUGGGGCUUGCAAGUGAAGAAGCAUUGGUUCAUGAUGAAGUUGUCAUGGAUGAUGUUGAUACUGAUGUGGAAGAAUCAGAUUCGGAAGAUGAUUCAGGGGAAGAAGUUCAUGCUACGCCUUCAGACAAAGCUAUAUACAACAAGGAGGCCAUUCUUGAGAAACUUGAGGAUAUAGCCUGGCCAGAAAAUGUGGACUGGAUGCACAAGCUCACCAUUGAGCACGACCAGGGGGAGAAAGUUGAUGUGAACGAUGAUCUUGCCCGUGAGCUUGCGUUCUACACCCAAGCUUUGGAUGGCACGAGGCAGGCCUUUGAGAAGUUGCAGUCAAUGAAGGUUCGGUUCCUCAGGCCAACAGACUACUAUGCUGAGAUGGUGAAGACGGAUGCCCACAUGCACAAGAUCAAGGGGAGGCUCUUGUCAGAGAAGAAGAAGAUUGAAGAGGCAGAGGAGAGGAAGAAGGCAAGAGAGGCUAGGAAGAGAUCAAAGGAGGUGCAGGCAGAGAAGAACAAGGAGAGGGCAAAGCAGAAGAAGGAGCAGAUUGAGUCAGUCAAGAAGUGGAGGAAGCAGAGGCAACAGGGGGGAUUUGCCAAGGGAAAUGAUGAUGGGCCAGAUUUGAAUUUUGAGGGAGAAGAAGGAUUUAAGCAAUCAAAGAAGAAGAGGCCUGGUGUGUCUCCUGGUGAUAGGUCUGGUGGUCUUGCUAAGCAAGGUAAGGAAGGAAAGAACAGGAGAUCAAGAGAUUCCAAGUUUGGGCACGGUGGUCGGAAAGGGCUGAAGAAGCAAAACACUGCUGAAACGACAAAUGAUUUCAGAGGCUUUCACCAGGGGGUCGAGUCUCAAAACAAGAAGAGAAAGAGAUUUUGAUCUGAUAUCGUAAGAAUUUGUGCCCAGUUCCUUUUGCCUUUAUUACUUUCUUGGUUGCAACACUAUUUUGCUAUGGUGUGCUAUUACCAGAAGCAAAAAUUAGCUGAGAUAAUAGUCCAGUGAAGCACUCCAAACACAAGACUUCAAGUUUUACUUCUAUUUGGUGAUGGUCCUUUUGAUUAUGGAAUGCAGAUGAAUCUUGCCAACUCCGCAAUUAUCUGAAA